GUUCAUGCAGAUCACUACGCGCGCGCCCUAGCUCAUGCGCUUCACUUCAGCGGAACUGCCAGAGUGAGGAGGCGGCGAGUUUGGCGAUUCUGCUCUUUCCGGAAGAGGUUGGGGGUGGAGAAGUACUCGGAACGUCGACAGCGGCUUGGACGUGGGGUCUCCAGUGAGAUGCUUGAGGUCGACGUAGUCCGUGGCGGAGGUGGGGUGGCCGAAGGAGAAGUCGCAGUUGGCGACAGCGGAGAGAGCAUAUUAACUGUAGGCAUCUCCCUUAAAGUGCACACCAUUUACUACAGGGCAUCCACAAACUCUUCCUCGAAAGAUAUCCUGAACAUGCACAAAAAUUAUACAACCUUGCAAGCCCUGAUAUUAGCUAUCUUGUCUUCCCAGCAGCCACCAUUAUUGUUCAAACACUCGUUCGUCUCUACAUCUACACCCAAAAAUUUCCUCAAAACCAGCACAUAUAGCCUUCAAAACGGCACCCUUCUCCAAUUUUCCUACAAAACAAGAACCACAUCGGUGACAAAUCAUAUUUACCAUGAUCGAUGCGAAUCACAAACAAAUAACUCACACACCUCAAUAUUGAUGAUUAUUCACGACAAGGGUCGGUAA